UUGAACUUCAUCUUCAUAUUCAAGUUUAUAUAUUUUUUAUAAUUACUUAUAAUAUCACUAUCAUUUCAUAAUUAAUUAACGAAUCCAAUGGAAAUAGCUGCUAAUCCAAUUCCUCUUCUUACUCCUUACAAGAUGGGCAAAUUUAAUCUAGCUCAUAGAGUAGUUUUGGCACCGUUGACCAGAUCUAGAUCCUAUAACAAUACACCACAACCUCAUGCUGUCCUCUAUUAUUCUCAAAGAGCCUCUAAUGGAGGUUUUCUAAUAUCAGAAGCUACAUGCAUUUCUGAAACUGCUAGAGGGUAUCCAAACACACCAGGUUUAUGGACAAAAGAGCAAGUCGAAGCAUGGAAACCCAUCGUGGAUGUUGUUCAUGCCAAAGGCGGUAUAUUCUUCUGUCAAAUUUGGCAUGUUGGAAGAGUUUCUGAUUCUGGUUAUCAGCCAAAUGGGCAAGCACCGGUAUCUUCAACAGACAAGCUACUCGCACCACAAAUUGGAGGUGAUGAUAUUGUAAUGUCCCAGUUCACACAACCAAGGAGGCUAAGAACAGAAGAAAUUCCUAAUAUUGUCAAUGACUUUAGACUUGCUGCAAGAAAUGCCAUUGAAGCUGGUUUUGAUGGGGUUGAAAUCCAUGGAGGUCAUGGCUACCUACUUGAGCAAUUCAUGAAAGAUAAAGUGAACGAUAGAACAGAUGAAUACGGUGGAUCCCUUGAGAACCGUUGUAGAUUUGUUUUGGAAAUUGUUGAAGCAGUUGCAAAUGAGAUAGGUGGAGAAAGAGUUGGUAUAAAAUUAUCACCAUUUUCAGAAUUUGGAGAAUGUGGAGACUCAAAUCCCAAAGCAUUAGGGCUGUAUAUGGUUAAUGCUCUGAAUAAAUAUGGUAUUUUGUAUUGUCAAAUGGUGGAACCAAGAAUGGAAAGUGUUGACGAAAAAACUAAAAGUGUUGAUAGCCUAGUGCCAAUGAGAAAGGCUUUCAAUGGAACUUUUAUGGUUACAGGAGGUUAUGGCAGGCGAGAUGGGAUCAAUGUUAUAGCUGAAAAUAAGGCAGAUCUUGUUGCUUAUGGUCGUUUGUUUAUAUCUAAUCCAGAUUUGCCAAAGAGAUUUUCAGUUGAUGCUCCUCUCAACAUGUAUGAAAGAGAGACAUUUUAUACUCCUGAUUCAGUUGUUGGUUAUACUGACUAUCCAUUUCUUGAAUGAAGAAUUCAUUCAGUAGCAUCAAAGAAACUUCCAUAUAUUAUAUAAGAUUUUUCCCA